GGGCGUGGCCAUGCAAGUGCGUGUCCCAUAAUGGACCUGCGAUGUCCAUGGAUGGUGUUUUCGAUCAGUGGUUUUCAUAGAAAGCGCGAAACAUAAUAAUAACAUACAUGUAAUUCAUCAGUGGAGAGGAAUGUACCACGCGCCGAACGUUAUCAAUUCCGGUUUUGCGGUUUUGGGGGAAGACCCCCCCCCCCCCCCAUUCCUAUAUAUAUAUAUAUAUACUAGUAUAUCAUGCCUUCCAAAAAACUUCGAGCAUUACUUCUUACAACUGUACAUAUUCUUCCGCUGCAGAGGGAGUAUAUUGGAAUGAGAGGACAGCAGGUUCUGUUAAAUGAUUGAGGUCAGAGGUCAUGAUGCGGCCAUGUUUACUACAAAUUUGACGUGUGUACUAUGAUGGAGGAGAGCAGCAAAUUAUCGGCAAUUGAAUGCAUUUCAACUUGAGGGCUACCUAUAUUUUGGGAUGAUAUUUUACUGGUACUUCCUUACCAAACACGACCAAACCUUUAGUAGCUAGAAGAAAGUUUAUAACCAACACAGUAAAUACAAAAUGUGAGUGAAGGGAAAUCAAAAGGAGAUAUUGGAGUAAUUUGGUUGGCUAUUGUGAUCAAGAUGGCAGCCAAAUCUGGACCGAGGUUCACUACGGAUGAAGAGUUAAAGUCAUUGAGCUGGGAGGAUGUAGUAAGACGAUUACGAUGGUGUGAAAAUGAAAGGAUGAAGUUGCUGGCAGAACAAGGUGGUACCAUGAAGGAUAUAAAACAUCAGUUAAUGUUGAAAUCAAAUGAGAUACAAGCUCUCAAGGCUGAAAACCAGAAACUUCAUUCAGAUAAUGUGGAGUUACGUGAUUUGUGUUGCUUUCUGGACGAUGACCGACAGAAAGGUAGAAAAGUGUCAAAUGAGUGGCAGCGUUUUGGUCAAUACACAACAAAUGUGAUGCGCAAUGGAGUAUCUACCUAUCAGGACAAAUUAAGAGAAUUGGAGGAACGGCAAGAAAAACUAUUUCAGGAGAAUAUUGAAUUGAGAGAGCUGUGCUUUCUAUUGGACCAGGAAAGAACUGGCAAUCAGAGUACUCUCCUUAGCAUAGGCAAUGGAAUUGAUUUAAGAGAAAAGACAAACAUGAGCAAUGGACCUUCAUCUAUAUUGAACGAUGGACAUUUAUCAAAGGAAGGGUCUUCCAAAAUAUGGGGGAAUGGUGGUGACAUUUCAUCCUUGCAAAACAAUGAUCACAUACCAUAUACAGAGGAUAGAAUUCGUUCUUUUGAUGAAAAGAGGCAGUUUUCUCCACCAGAGACAAGGAGGAAUGGGUCAGAGGACAAGGUAGACGGGCCUACACCCAAUCAUGUCACAAGCGCUUCCAAUCCAAUCCAUUCAUCCUACUCAUCCAGGAAUUAUGGUUCGAGCAUAGAGAAUGGUAACAUGGCUCCUAACUCACCCAAAGCUAUAGUGAAUGCACUCAAGGUGUUGGAGGUUCAUGACAUGUUGGAGCGAGAAACACCACCGAAUCACCUUGAAAAUGACCAUAUGAACACCAAUGAGAAAGCUAUUGUCAGGGAGAUGUGUAAUGUGGUGUGGCGUAAACUUGGUGACAACCCUGCCAACCCCAAUGGAAACACUAAUGGUAGCAGCAACAGCAGUGUCAGCAACCAAUCACAGCGUGGCCAAGCUCCACCCAGGUACAAUAACAGUACUACCAAUCCUACAGCUAGACCAACUGGUUACAUCACUCCUCCGUACAGUAGUGGUAGUACAGGCAGUCUUGAAAGGAAAGGUAUUUAAUGGCAGUAUCUAUCAGUUCCACCCUCACAAUACUGUCACCCAUUUUGGUAACGGCUACAGGAAACCCUCGGGAUAGGAGAGAUAAGUGUGAUUGUGUGGAAGGAAGAUGUAUUCAAUUCCUCUUUCACAAAUUUCAGCAGGGUACAUGUAAGGCAAGCAGUUGUAAAACGGAACAUACUUUCCUAGAUUAUGUGUCUGUCAGCCUGCACCUUAUUAUAGCACUGUCAUCCCUGAAAUUUUGUGCUGCAAUUCAUUUCCAUUUGGAAGAGAUAAAUUUUAUUUUCAAUGAAAAUGUAUUCAGUCAUCACUGCCAUUUCCCUUCCGAACCACUUUGGUACCAACACAGUACUAUUAUCAUAUGACUUUAAAGUACACCUCUUUAACGAAACAAAAGUAUUCAAUAAGCCACACCCCAUUCCCUUUUCCUUCAGUCAUAUCUGGUAAUGUAUAUUACCUCUUCCAAUAAGACAGGCUAGUUAACAGAUUUUCACAUUUCUGAGGAGUGUUAAAUCUGGUAUCGAAUCUCGUUAGUAUUAUAAGAUUACAUACAUAUAUACUUCAAGAUAAGGAGGAAGUGUAAUGCCUGUUUUUUAUGCCAUGUCUUUAAAGUGAUAAAUGGCUUUAUCAGGUUCAAAGUCUUUGCCCAAUACCCAAGAUAAAGAUUAAUUCACAUCAUGUUAUGCUUGAUCUUGAUUAUGCAACAGUGAUGGCUUAUUGUUAUUUCUAUUUUUUAUUGUUCUAUUUUAAUAGGAAAAAAAAUAGUGCUGUGCAUUUUGAAGUAGACAAAUCAUAUACCAUAUCUGAUAUGCACAUGUACAUUUAUCUUUCUAUCUGAAUGCAUUUUUUAAAAUCAAAUGACAUGAUUGGUGGAUAUUGUAAAGGAGGUUGUUGAUUAUGAAUUGAAUAUAUGGUUUAAAAUGAAAAUAAUGAUUUUAAUUCUUUAUUGAUGUGAAAUUCCUGAUUUUUUGAAAAAAACCCACUUUGAUGAUUAACAAUGAAAUCGGUGAUAAAGUUGAAAUAAUAGCGGCACAAUCUUUCGAUUUGAUAAUAAGAACAAUACUUGCUGUUUCAAAAUCUUAAAUGAUGCAGGCUCAACAAUUGUCUGGAGCGACACAGGAUCUCACAUAAAAUGUUGCUUGUUAUGUGUUAUCCUUUCUCACCCCCCCAAAAAAAAAUUACAGUUUGUAAUAUACCAUAAGCUCUGAUUGGAUGAUGAUUUGUUUGUAUUGGAGAAUCCCAUGAUUUCUCAGUAGGUGGUUUCAGACCGCCUCGAAGUUUGUCAGUUCCAGGUAUUUUCUGAUCGGGAAAUUUACCCGAUCAGAAAAUACCAAGUAAUAUUGGCAAUGUGAAAGCAAAUUUCGCGUAAUCUCCCCAAAAGAAAAUACCCUCUAAAUAGUAGGUACUUGUCAAAAUUAUGAAAACUUUCGUGGGGAUUUUUCCAAGGUCGCAGGUAUUGUGGCAAUGUGAAAGCAAUUUACGGGAACUUUUAGCCCAGCGUGUAGUUGGGGGCGGGUGCCGUGGGUGGCUGCUGAGCUAGUGAUUUUGAAUUUCGCGCCUUGCCUGCUUAUCAGACCAUACUGCGCAUGCUCGUAACUUCAGGAACUUAUCCCGAAGGGUAUUUUUCGGGGCGGUGUGAAUGCAGGAAUAAUUAAUGGUUAUUUUUUAGCUUUAAAAAGUUCUCGUAAUUUAACAGGGAUUCUUAUGAUCUAGGCAGUUUGAAACCACCUAAUAAGGUAUCUUGGUAGUAAAUUUUCUUGCAUGUUCCAUAACACUGUGUACAUUAUUGUACACAAUGAUAUUCACCAGAGUCCAGAUUCUUUUACACUCACUUCUCUUUGAAGAAGGCCAUAAUCUCCCUAUUGUGAAUGGCUUUAAGAACUGAAUGGCCAUUAUUCGCCCAGGGUCACCCUUCUAUUCAUAUCCUGUAUCAACUCUUUGAAAAAGUUGUGACAGUUGGGAUUGUGAUCUCAACAAGAAUUUAUUCAGAUUUGGAGGGCAAAGUAACUUUAUUUGAAUGGUGACCAUAGUGUGGCUAUCUCUCAUUAGCCAAAUUUGUUUUUUAAGCUACAUUUGUAACAAUGAAAUUGCACUUUAUGACUUAAAUGUUGAAAGUGCAUGAAGGUCUGACAAGUGUGAAGUAGAGUGUACUUCACACAAUCUUUCUCAUGCAUACAGUAUUUCGAAAUUGUUGUACAAUCCUAUUGAAAUAUAUUGAAAUUUAUUUAAUAUUCUAGAAAUGUCAGAUUUCAUUCAGUGAUUACAUCACAUGCAUCUAUUGUGAAAGCGUGAAUCUUUAUGAACAUCAGUUUUAGAUCUAAGAGAAGUCAAGCUGCACAGUGCACACCAUGAAUAAUAAGAGAAAUAUCAUGUAAAUAGAAUACUUUUUGUGUACAUAUGCACAAUAAUACUUUUUUACAUCAUUGAAUUAAGUACAAAUAUAUUUACAUGUAGUUUUAAAAGAUAUGAGGAAAACCUCUUGUAAUUGUAAUAAAGUUGCAAAUUUUUGUAAUUUGUACUCUUGAAGUUAAAGCAUUUUUGUAACAUACAUUUUCUGCAUCAGAUUUUUAAUGUAAAUAAUUUUUGUACCAUUGUAAAUAUUUUGUAAAUUAUACACUGUAUUUGCAUACUAUUUGAAAAUUAUCCAAUGUUUCUUGUGCUGUAUCUCAAGAAGCAUUUAUGUUUACCCUAUUGUGAUGUAAGACAACAAUCCUUCAGACAUGGAGUUGGAACUUUGCAAACAAUUAUGAGUAUCUUAACUUUAUCACAUAUUGUUUUUUACUUUUUAAAUGGUUUCUAUGAAGAAAACAGAAAACAAAAUGAUGAUAUUGAUUGAUAUCCAUUUACACUGCAGUAAGUAUUCAUACAUGUAGUUAAACAAAGAAGUUGGGAAUGACAGGAAAAUAAUGAAUUUUAUUUAUCUUUGUAAUGAUAUUAAAAAUGGGUCUAAAUAUGAUGAUAACCCAAUAUUUAAAGUUGUUUCUAUGUACAUGUAAUUUUGAAAAAAAAAGUAUAUCGCAUUCCACUUUUUCCAAAGUUUUCUUCUUUUUAUACUCAACUCAUAUUUUUUUGUGAAAUGAUUAUUAGAUUUUAAGGCAGAUAAGUGUUGUAUUGUUAUAUUUCCUUUAACUCAUGAUUAAGAAUUAAUUACAUUGCAAGAGCAUAUUUAAUGUAUGUAAACCCUGUCCUGUGUUCAAUGUUGUAUUUUCAAUACUCUCAAAUACAUUCUGCAAUUUAUAGCAAAGGAUAUUCAAAAAUCAUGACAUGCCUCCAUCCUCUACUUUUGCAGUAAUAGUCAACUUCACAUUAUUAAAGCCUUCAUGUGUCAAAUCUAUAUUCCAUGAUUUCAACGUACAUGAAUACACCUGCUGCAUACAUACACUGUAUGUAUGCAGCAGGUGUAUUCAUGUACGUUGAAAUCAUGGAAUAUAGAUUUGACACAUGAAGGCUUUAAUAAUGUGAAGUUGACUAUUACUGCAAAAGUAGAGGAUAGAGGCAUGAUUUUUUAACAUCCUUUGCUAUAAAUUGCAAUAAAAAAAUCUUACACUGGAUCUUUAAUUGCCACAAUGAGGUCUUAAAAUUGAUUACCAAAGAUUGUCUCCAUCUAAUUACAUGUACUGGUGUUGUUGGUAAUAUUUUACUGCAGGUCAGCUGCAAGUGAAUUUAUGUGUUUCUUUCUAUUUCAUUCUUCUUUGGUCAUUUCCUUCUGUCUCAAUCUUCCUCUCUUGAUUCUCUUCAUUCAAUGUUGUGUGUCUACUGUACUUUGUACUGAUGUGUCUAGUCUCUAUGGUAGAUUUGAGGUAAGAUUCAUUAAAUGAAUAUCAGAAAGCAAAAGCUACCUGACGGAAAAGCAAUUGAAAAAAAAUAUAGUAUUUGGGGGUUUGUUUUUAAAACGUUUAUUUCAGCAUUAAAGUUCAUUAUUGCAUUGUUGUCAGCAAUCAAGAGGUAUGGAAGACGAAGCACUAUUGCAAUUUCUACAUGUUUCUGUGCCAAUUUAGCCAAAUUGUAGCAGAAACAAUGCAUCUGAAAUAACCAUGCUUGAUGACUGACCUGUUUCCCAGCCAGAAUCAAUCAUUUUGUUUUCUUAGAUAAAAUACAAAAUCAGAAAGCUGAUUUGACAAUUAGUGAUGAAUAACAAACAUACAUGUACCCUAUAUAUCUGUUUAACUCUGUCCUGGCUUUGCCAUUUAACAAAAUGAAACAUAUGAAAAGUAAAUAAGUGAUGUUUCUGUCUCUGUAGAUUUAUUUUGUUUUUUAUUCAUGCGAAUUUGUUCCAAGAACAAUCUUGUAUAGCUCUACGUGUAUCUGAAAACGUUUUACUGAUUAGAUUACUGGGAUCCCUACACCAUACAUCGUGUGUUACGAACUUAUGACUUUAAUUUUUUUUAGAUGUAAUGAUGAAACAUACCGAUUGUGCAUGAAAUUUGAAAGCAGCAUGUCUGAAAUGCACCAACCUAACCACAAAUUCCUUACUUUCAUGGUUAAUAUGAGCAAAUUGUUGUUGACUGUUGAUUAUUAAUAAAGAUACAUUCUCUUUUUAUUGCUUUAUCAAAACAGACAACAGUUGGUUGACUGUAUGAAAGUGGGAUGAAGAAACAAAUUUUAGUUAAUUUUAGGAUUUAUUUUUUGAAAACAUGAAUACAGGAGAGUAGAAAGUUUGUAAAUAUGAAAAGACAAAUUAGUGUGAUAUGAUAAGACCCAUCGAUUCAAUAGGAAUAAUGUCCUGUAUUCAUCACAUUAUUGGAAUGGUAAAUAGAUUUUGAUUUUGUAUUCUCUUGUAUUUUAUCACUUCAGAGCAAAUACCUCAACAUAUAUUAAUCUGCUUGCUUUACUACAAUUUGCAAAUGUAUGUAUUCAACAAUAUAAAGCACAUUACUGGUUUUCUACUUAGUAUUUCUUAAUUUUUAUGUAAGUAUUUAUGAGGAUUAAUUUCUCUUUCUAUUUAUUUGCUCAUGAUGGAUAUUAAGUUUGUGCCCAAAACUAUUGAAAAAAAGUUUAAUUCUUGUGUUUUUCUAGUAAUUGUUUGGUUGGUGCAUGGAGCUAUUUAUUAGCUCCAUGGUUGGUGUAUUCAUGAUUUUUAAACAUCAAUACGCAUCAUUAUGAGAACAUCGCUGUAAUCUGUCCUCUAUCAAGUGACGUCAAGGUUGGGUGAAACGGUCUAUUGUAAAUUAAACUCACAUUUUAAUAUUUAUUUUGAUAUUGCAAAUUUAAAAAAAACCAUGUUGCAUACAAUUUGUCUCAUAUACAUGUAUUUCAAAGAAACCUGUUCUAAAGAUUAUCACUAUGUUUAGAUCUGAUUCUGAGCCUGUAUGCACACCAAUGAAAUAAAUCUGACCAAAAAUAUCAACAUAACAUGAUGGGGAAGAAUGGAUUGGUUAGCAACCUUUUUUUUUUGUUCUUUUGCCUCACUCUCUAUACCACAAAUUAGCAUUGUAUUUAGUGUUAAGGGGUAUAGAAAAAAGUUAUCUUUCCUUUACUCUUGCAUUAAAACAAAUUCUAAAGCAAAUUUGUUUAUUUUGCAUAACUGUAUCAAGAGGCUUUAUAUAUAGAACACAUUGAUUAUAUUGUCUGUUUCCAACUAUAAUCUAUCAGUGUGUUUCUAUAGAGAAUCGUUAAAAACGGUUUAUCUUUUCCAGAAUCGAAAAACCGUAUUGCCCUUAAACCAACCUGUCUACAGAGCGAAUAAUCUGAUUAACUCACAUUGCAUGUCGCGGAACACGGCAAUAACCACCUCCCAGUGGUGGUUAUGAGAAGGAACCGUAUUUUGCGUGAUGUGGUUCAUCAAUAAACUGCAUCGCAUCUGUUUCAACAGGGAAGUUUUCUAGAAUUCUGGAUACUUACUUGUACGCAGGUAAUACCGUUUAACAAGUCUCUUUAGAAACACGCCGUAUGAGUUCGAUUAUAUAAAACGUCCACUUAAUAUAAUUUUUUUUAUAUAUUGGUGAUUUUUUUAAUGUUUAUUUUACAAAGGGAGGUUUAAGGUAAUGAGAACAUAUGGAUAGUGGUGGUAUGAAUAUUUAAAAUAACCUUUUGUACAAUGUAUAUCUAUUAUAUAUAUCAUGUCUCACUCUGUAGUUUAUGUAUGGCUCCUUGCAGUUGUACUUCAUUUAAAACUUGCAUUAAAUAGUAAAAGGAAAUGA